AUGGCGUGUGGCUCAGUGGAUCCUCAGGGUCUUCUUCCACCAUCACUCCCCUCUGCCAGAUUCGAUAAUAUGCCGUUUGUCGAAGGUCCCUGGUUCUGGUCCUGUGGUCAAACCAACAUAUCUUGCAAGGUGGUAAAUGGAAAGGUGGUGGAGGUAGGCAAGUGGCCAUGGCAGGUGAGCAUUCUUUUUCUGGGAGUGUAUGUCUGCAGCGGUUCCCUCAUCCACCACCAAUGGAUUCUCACAGCCGCACAUUGCUUACAAAGAUCCAAGGACCCGGCUAACUACACUGUGAAGGUGGGAGUCCAGAACCUUCCAGACAACAGCUCCUCAGCGCUCAUGGUCACCAGCAUUGUGAUUCACGAGAAAUUCAUCAACCAUAUGUCUCAUGACAUCGCCAUCCUGAAGCUCAAGUACCCUGUUCUCUGGUCCCCCCUCAUCCAGCCGAUCUGUCUCCCCACCGUCAAUUUCAAGCCAGCUGUUGGCACCAUGUGCUGGGUCAUCGGGUGGGGACAAGAAAAGACUAAAGGGGCCCCAAAGACUCCCUACAGUCUCCAGGGCUUGGCUGUCAGGGUAGUGGACAAUGAAAUCUGCAACCAUCGUUACCAGUUCCUCCUGAUGGAUAACCAGAAGAAAUUCAUUGGGGAUGACAUGCUGUGCACAAGCUCAGAGUGGGGCCUGGACACUUGUCAGGACACUUCCGGCAGCUCCCUGGUUUGCCAGAUGAACACGACCUGGAUCCAGAUGGGAGUGGUGAGCUGGAACUUCGGCUGUGGCCGCCGCCAUUUCCCAAGCAUCUACACCAGUACCUCCCAGUUCACCCAUUGGAUCAAGAGACAUAUCGGUGACUUGAGGUUUGCCAGCAUGGCUGUCCCUUCCCUCCUGAGCCCACUGAUCCUCACUGGCUACAUUUUGUUCGUGUCCUUGGGCUCCCUGUGGCUCUUGUGAGCUGUGUUUCUCGAACAGUCACUCCUAGGGGGCGACUUCUCCCUCCUCUCAAGAAGUGGACAC